UGGGCCAGGGGAGGGUAGUUAUGUGCGCGCUAAAGCACCAAUAUAAACAUGUGCAAUGCUCGGCCGGGCGGUUAGUGUUGAUUGAACUGCCAUAGGAAAAUUAACAAUGAUAAUGCUCAAAGAAACGCUGGUAGUUUGCCUAAUCCUGGCCAGCUGCUGUUGUUGGACCAGCAGCGCCUAUCCGCAGAACAACGAGGAGAGCUCAUCGACAACGACAACAACGACAACAACAAGCACAACGCCUAGUCCAAGCAGUGCAGCUAGUACGACAACGACAAUAGCAACAACAACCACACCAAAGCCCAAGUCAGAAGAAAAUUCGAGCAGCACAACGACAUCGGCGACGACGACGACGACGACGACGACACCAAAGCCCAAUUUGGAGGAGUCUACAACGAGCCCCACAACGACGACAACAACAACCACACCCAAGCCCAAGUCGGAAGAGUCCACAACUGCCGCCACAACAACGACGCCAACAACAACAACAACGACAACAACCACCACAGCCAAGCCAGAAGAUGCGAGCACAACACCCAAAGAUGAAGAUGCGGAGGCGAAGGAGCUGCUCGCAAAGUGUGAGCAGCUGCGUAGGCGCCGCAAGCGGGACAGCUCCUCCUCCUCGGAGGAGGAUGACGACAGCAGCGAGCAGAAGUCCGCAAAGAAGGAGCGCAAGAAGCUAAAGAAGAUGUGCAAGGAGCUCAAGAAGCAGCAGGAGCGCAAACAGAAGCGCCAAGGCGACGACAGCAUCAGGCAGCUCGCCGAGGCUCUGCGCAGCUACCAAAUGAAACAGAAGGACCAGACGAGGCACUAAACAAAUAUACCCUAGUGCAUGUACUAAAAUGAA